AUGUCCUCACCUUCAGGAUCCAACGACCCACCGCCCGUUGACCCGGUAGCCCCGACACCGAGUGGCGAUCCACAAGAGGACGACUGGUACAAAUACACGUUCGGGAUGACCCCGCCUCCUUCCUCCCCAACUCGUGGAACAAAGCGUACUCAUAGCGUGAUGAGCGCGAGCAGUGAUGAGAGUGCGGCGACGGACAACGCGGCGGCUGAUGAGGCGAAUGAGGGUCCUUCUACGAAGCGCGCCACCCGGGCGACUGGCGAGACCCCGACCACAGGCGCCACCGUUCCCGGGAGUGCAUUUGCCCUUACGCCCGAGGAACAGGAGUUGUACGAGCAGCAAAGGUGGAAGCCCAGUGACCAGCGACCAACUACCCAGCAAGCGGUUUUCUCCCAGUCGCAUUUCGAUCCAAACUACGAUUUCAUCGUGCGGCCGGAGGAUAGCCCGCCGCGCGCAUUGUCUUGGUGGAAUAAGGUGGCUGCCAAAUUCCGGCCUGGUCUAGCCAUACGCGACAUAAACUUCUACCCUAUACUUCCCACCGAUGAGGAUGGUGAACCUCUGCCAACAAGGCAUUCGCGCUGGUGGCUUCCCGAUGGCGACGUCGUCGUCAAUGUCGACAACCACCUCUUUCGUGUUCACAAGCGUAUCAUCAUGCCGCACCUCCUUUUCUACAAGGAGAGGUUCGACAAUCUGCACAAAGCGCCCGCCUACCACACAGAUGAAAAUCAGGACAUCCCUCUGCUCGACUUGAGAUGUAUACACUCUGGAUAUGGUCAGAACGCCCGCUGGCUGGCUAGACGUGAAGCUACGGGGAAGGGCUGGCGGCCGGGAUCAGAGGAGGAGACCAUCUUGCUCGUCAAGGGACUCGCGGAAUACGACUACGACAAGGAUACCAAGAGGCGCAAGUGUGACUGCCCGACGCCGCGCGAUUUCAGUCUGGCUUGCCAGAUGAUCUAUUCCCCACGCACAUUCUUUAACCGUGGCCCGAUCUUCUUCGAGGACCUUGAGCGCAUGCUCCAUCUCAGCGCAUAUUAUCGGUCUUUGCGUCUGCGUGACUGUGCCAUCUCAGGCCUCACGAUGCUCUUUCCCACGACAUUACAUCAACAUCGCCGUUACGCGCGCAAUAACGCUGUACGCCUUUUGCCGGCCACCUACGCCAUCGACACCUUGCAUCUCUGCGUACGCUACUGUAUCCCGCAACUUCUACUCGUCGCGAUGUACACGCUCUCCAACUAUGACCAUCGCUACCUCAUCGAAGGCAUCUUCGAUCCAACUCGCAACCACGACUGGGAGCUCGUCAGUUUCAAUUCAACUGUCUCUGUCGGCGGCCUUAACAUCACUCAGGUUGAAGAUACUCGCCGGAUUCCGAAACACGCGCGCGUGCUGGAUCUGCAGCCAUGGCAGGCGGAGUACUUUAAGGGCUCUAUCGCCGAAAACCGCCAGGAAAGGGUGAAGGCGGCAGAGGAGCACCGCGCACCGAAGAUCGUCUUGGAUCCCGAGUUUGAUCUGCGUGAUAUACUUGCACGUAUCCUUCGAGGUCGCGCGCACAUGCAGUCCGCAAGGCGCGACGUUCUCUUCGGUUUCUUACAGAAGAUCCCCUCCUUCCCGGACGACCUAGGCAAUAUGUCGGUUGGGCUCACUGCCGAUGGCGUUGCCCGUGACUACAAGUUCAGCGAAGGUUGUACAUCGUUGGGGAAGAUGAUAAUCCCACAGUUCGGUACCAUCUCGUGCGCUACCGCUCUCAAAGCGCUCAUGACCGAGCUGUGGGAAUCAGACACCGUCCGCUUCACCAAGGACUUCACACUACCGAAACCUCGUCAUGCGCUACGCGUCCUCCCCCUACGAGCAACGGGUCAAGGUAGACGUCGCGACGAGUUAAUCAAAGCCCUCUGUCCGUCCUGCUUAGCGAAGUUCAAGUAUGAGAUGAAGCGCGGCCAACAGGAGCUGUGGGCCUUACUCCCGAAGUUCUUUGGGAUGAAGACAUGGUUCGAUAUCGAGAUGAGGAGUCGGCAAAUUACCCAGAUGUUCGCGAAGGAUUGGUUGGGUGGGCUCUGGGAUGAUGAAGCGGGCGCCGAAGGGGGGCUGUUCAGGAAGGAUACUUCGUAUCUGGACUAUGAUUUAUCAGCCCGCCGUGCCCAGGUGAAGGCGGGCGCUGGACUGUAG